AACACGUGGCUGGCUCCGCAACAAGAUGCUAGUUGCGUUGGUAAUAUACCAUUAUUGCUAGCUAGCUACUUACUGGGAUGCUACGUAGUAGCCUUCGGCGCUAUACGAUCUUUGGUAGUAGUACUUAGCAUGGAUCUUGGCAUAGGAUCGGAUGAUGAACUUUUUGUAGAACUAAAGACUCGGUCAUUGAGGGAACAUGAGGUCUGGCGUCCCAAACAGUGUGAACCAGAAGAAUGUUUGUUUGAGGAAGUCUCUGUGGACCCCGUCAUAGACACAACUACAUAUACCACUGAGCGUGCUCAGGUCUGGUCCUAUCAAGCAGACUUCCUGUAUGCCAGAAGGCAGUUUGACCACGCUUUGGCACUCUACAGGAAAGGUGUAGCUGCAGUCCCGACACGCUAUGUUCUUCUACGGAGACUUUUCAUAGAAGGUGCUGCCAGAUGCUGUGUGCACUUAGCAGAGCAUGGCCAAGCAUUACAGAUGGCCAAACUGCUUCUGGAUGAGUCAUUGACGCUGGAACAUCGGAUGACAGCUCGCAGUCUGCUUGCCACAGUACAUGCUGCUGCUGGGAACCAACAGGAUGCCAUCGGAAGCCUUCACAUCUGCAUUCAGUGGCAGCGUUCAAAUGUCCAUUUCUGGCUAAAACUCGCAGAGGCUUAUAGUGCCCUCUAUCGCCAGCCCCAACCUGCGUCACACUAUCACUGCACUGAUCAUGCUCAGAGUUGUACCACAGGUACCAACUGUUCAAAAGAGCCAGGUCCUGCAAAUCAAGUUGGAGCUACAUGUAGUGGCAACAGUGCUUUCCCUCAUACAUGUACAUCAGGUGCAACUACAAGAACUACAGAUAUUCCUAGUAAAAAUGUGGGUAAAUGUGUUUGCCUAAAGUGGUAUGCUAAUAAGAAAGACAACAGACUUCCAAUUCAGAUUAGUAACAUUGACAGUUGUUACCAUGCGAGAAAUGCAUAUACAUACAGUUCUUGCCUGCCAACAUCACAUGAACUACUGAAUCCAGCUGACACAAGGAUGGAAAAUUCAAAUGAAGCAUUUGCCGAAGGAACAUGCGGGACUUCACUGGACGACAAAGACUUAUCCUUUGGUGACUUACUGAACCAGCUGGACAGCCUUGCUAUAACUGAGCAAGCUACAAGUGCUGAGUUAAUUGAUGAAUCUACCCAAGGUGGGUUGAUGUGCAAUCAGCAUCGACCAAUACUACUUGCUGCUAGUUGUCUCCUUAGAGCCAGGCUGUUACUGAAAUCAGUGGAACACUCUGUUGCCUCUUUUGCAAAAGUCAAAAAUAGCCAACUUCAGAUGCAGAUAGAACAGACUCUAAGGACCUUCCAUCUAGACACUGCCAUCCUUGAAGUGCUACAUCACCAUGCAAGAGUCAUCUUCAGGAAAGGCUGUCACCGACUCGAUGAGGUUACCAUGGCAAUGGAGGAAGGUGGAAGAGAUGACAAGGGAAAGGAUGAAGCUUCAGAGGAAGAGUGUUUAGCCAUGACUGAAUUUGAACAGAGGUGGUUCCCAUGGCUCGUGGGUAGGAAUUCAUAGUAGUCCUAAAUCUCUAAGCAUUUUCGCUUAGAACCUUCCUGAUUCUGUUCCUUCAAAUUCCUCCAUUUGACAGGAUACCAGUGGCACAUUUUUACUGACAACAACCUGACUUUUCCUUCCACGUACCUUUUCAGCGCACUCUGCUGCCUUCACAGGAGUUUUAACUUGUACUACUGAUAUCUUUCCAAUGACAACUUUUGAAUCAUUUUAAAAUACCUGGUUUGGCCUGAGCAGUUUGUCUGAACUUAAAUUCACAUGCCCAGACAAGGAAUUUAUCCUCAUUACCAAUGUAGUGCUUGACACACUACAUGAUGGCAAGGCACUGGAGUGUUGCUUAGGAAGGAACAAGUUUGCUUCCAUUGCCUUGACUACCAUUUCCAUUUUCUCAGUGAGUAUUUUUGUCAGCAUGUGACAGCUGUGCUAUGACAGCCUUGCCGUUUUGGUCCGUUGGGUUUGCGUCGCUAUACUCUAUGAUUAUUAAUUGCAUUUCUGCAAGUUGUUUGAGCUUUGUUUGUCGAGAGGGGGUUAUCAUGAAACAUUUCAAUUGUUACCAAGCCAAGCUCUUCUCUUUUGACACUAUGGUUUGGGCGAAUUUUACUCCUACUGCUGGAAGAGUAGUUAAUUCCUUCACAGAUGCUUAAUUGAUAUUUACAGCCAUGGUUUGGAUAUAUCACUUGUCAAAUAGACGGUGCAUGUAAUGAUGACAAAAAAUCACUAUAUAUUAAAAGGACUUGCCACAAAGUCAACAAUUUUAGACAGUCACCUGCAUCAACUGUUAUGCCUUUCUCCUAUCGUUGACACAUUUGCAGUCUGUGCAGAUAACAGUCAGAAUGUACAGGUACAUUGGUGAAACAAAAAAAAUGUGCGUUUUGCACAAAAAUAUAGCUCUAAAGUGAUUCUCAUAAAAAAUGCACCACGCAAUGCAAUAAGUAGCAGAUUCUUGGUCAGUACAAACGGAGUGGUAGAAAGUUCAUAUCAAUUAUUAAAAUAUCUGUCCUGUAAAAUGGAUCUAGUGCCAUCAAUACCAACUGAUGCCAAGAAUGCCAGUAACUAUAUUGACAACGUCAACAAAAGCCGAUGACGUCAACUUAAAAUAUGUCAUAGAAAAAAUAACUUGAAUUUUGAUUCGUGGAAUAAUGCAAACAAAUGCAGCAAUGGGCCUAAAAUUGUUGACUAAGGAAGGCAAAUAAUGUAAAUUGGCAAAAACUAACAAUUUGUUGUUUCAACUUUUGAAUGAAUACUCCCUCAGAGACUUUUGUCAAAGUAAGAAAAACACGCCUGUUUAUUCUAUCUCACAUUUGCUGUAAAUUAGAUUUUAGACUUUCUAUAUGUACCUUAGGUUGGCCUGAGCAGUUUGUCUCAGGCAAGGAAUUUAUCAUUGUUGCCAAUGCAAUGCUUGGUGUACCAUAUGGCACCAAGGAGCUAGAGUCUUACAUAGGGAGGAACAAGUCGUGAGUCGUGAUGGCUUCAGUGCCUGAGUCAGGCUGAGACCUUGUGGCCAUGUUUGGGCUGGCUACGCGCGCCGUCAUGCCUGAGUGCCCUUAUUCAAUAUGCACAGUAUUUACUAGCACCAGACAACUGCAGUCACUAUUUGAUUUAGAUUACAAAAGCGGUUGUAUGUUUUAAACCGAGGUUGGUUGGGUUUGCCGUGAUGUGGGAAGGAUGUUAUGACAUUGAAAUCAAAAGGGCAAUUUUACAAUAUUUUCACUGUACACUUCAAUCUUGCAACAAUUUUCAGUAUUUCCUGUCAUUUCCUAUCAUUUUCUGAUAUGAGAAGACUGCCGUGUUGAUGGAGGCCAAUGAACCUAACACCCUCUUCACCGGUGAUAACGACAGCAACAAUGCUUCAAGUUGCCUGCGGAAUGGUUGUUAGUCAUGGGUUGGCUUGGCCAUUUCCUGAAGUGACAGUAUGUCUAGUGAACUGCCGUCAGUGUCUAACCCAGGGGGUUGAUACAACUUCCCUGUGGAAAAUCCUGCAUACUUGGGACAUGCUCUGAAGAGCUCAUCAGAUUUCCCUUAAAGACCAGAAACUUCUUGUUUUCAUGGUCUGCUGUCUUCUAAGUACAUAUGGUACAGUGAAAAAAUACUUAUUUCAUGUCCAGGGCUAUACUUUCAAGGGUUAUUUUAAAAAAAUCCCGGCCUACAAGAGUUAAUUAAUACAAAUGUUCUGUCUCCAGCUUAUAUAAUCUUUCACAUUAAACAUUUAAAUGCUUAGUUAGAACCCCACAUUUUGAAUAAAUAUUAAAACCAUUUACAAGGUAUUUCUAGUGCCGAGAAUGAACGCAUGUGUGGUCACUGAUCCCCUGUUGCUCCAAGAGGUUUUGUGCCGAUACCCGCGACAGACUAUGCAGUGAAUCUUUAACACUUUUAGGCCUCAGCCACCAGCCUCUCCGCUGUCCCAGGAAGUUUGCAUCCAAUCCAGUCCCCCUGCUUUCAUGGUAGAUUCGUGCAUGAUGGGUUUUUUCUUUGGUUCAGAGGCAUCUUGAGAUGCUCCUUUACAUUCUGGUUGCCAUGAUGGUGCCUUAGAUGUUCCAGGUUGCAGCUAAGGAAGCGAUCUAUCACUCAAACAACAAAAAACCAGAUUUAGCGCCAUAAAGUUCGUGUUUGUACAUGGCUAGUCUUGUGGUGCAUGUAUAUAGCCUGGUUAAUCCACCCUAUCAAGUGAUUUAAACUUCACGUGAUGUGAUUGAGGCAGUAGCCAGACAUAUACAGGCCUGUACGCCUAAACGGGAAUUACUCAAGCCCAAGAGCUAUUAUGGGUUUUUUCAACUUCCACAACUGUUGAUCCAAAGGUUGUUUCAAGGUUGGGAUUUUCAGAGAAUGAAGUUGACAUGGUAUACCGGUACCUUCUGAACGAGUGAAAUUCAGUAAAUUGGCCUGGGUUGACAAAUGACCCAUUUUACUUGAUCGCACCACACAUAAUGAAGGCAAAGUAAACAGAUGACUAUCAGCUUCUCUGGGUACGCACUAAAAACACACUCCUGAAAUUGUCCCAUAGUGCACUGUGCACCAGUACUCCGCAUGCAUGUUUGGCAGGGUCACUGAAUGUGUGCAGUGCACAGAAGUUAAAGGUAAAUAAACACUAACAUAGAGUACUAGGCAGAAUCUG